AUGACCUCCGUAGACGUGCUUCAGCUGCUCCAGCUCGCCUACCACGGUAGCAAAGAUGAGCGGACGCAAGCGACAUCGGAAUUGGAGGCGGCAAUGCAGUCUCCAGAGACGGGGCCCAACUGCCUUCUCGCGCUGCUGCGCGCCGGUCUUGAGCCCUCAUUGCCGAAGGAGCAGAGUCUUUCCGCGCUGUUGUUCGCCAAGAACGCCAUGCUUCACCUCAUAGGAGACGACAUCGUGACACACACGCCCGGCUUUUUGGCAGAGAUGGAGUCACUUCUUUUUGCUGGCAUGUUCCGUGUGCCGGAUGGGCACCGUCGCAUACUACGUGCGUGCAUCAUGAACGUGACGAGCGGAUUCGAGUGGAACUACCUCGGAGAGCUGAUGCCGCUGAUUGACCGUGACCUGAGCGCUGUCAGUGUUGAUGAGGCCCUUGGGUCGCUGGAGUUCCUCUACACGUAUACAAAGCGCUUCAAGACGCCCGGCCUCGUGCCUACGCCACUGAAGCUGGAGGUAUGCGCGGUGCUGGUGCGUAAGCUUCCCGACUAUGUUGGCUACAACGACAUGCGUGUGUGCCGUUUUGUCUUUAAGCUGACCGAGUGCAUUCUGGAGACUGGGCUGCAGCUGACAAGCUCAAAAGAAAUGAGCGGCGACGCGCUGGAUGGCCUCUUCCAGCACAUGCUGGCCUUUCCUCAGCAGCACUACAAUGCCGCGCUGGCGGCAGGCGGCACGAUGUACGCAGAGUACGUCAAGUGCCUCAAGCGCAUUGCCAUGGCGUCUUACUCCAUCGUAAACGAUGCGACACGACGCAAGAAGCCUGCGCCAGUGGCGAAGCAUUUCUUACAGGCCCACAGUAGUGCCUUUCUCUCUACGUGGCUACAGUGGCUGCAGCUAUGUGUGUCAUCGACAGACCGGCAUACGCAUCACAAGUCGGAGAUGUUUGCGCUCCGCUACGUGAAGCUGUGCACCUUGGAUGAGACCCUCUACACGCAGCACCUGCGUCCGCACGCGAUGGAGCUGAUCGAACAUGUGCUCUUUCCAUAUUUGUGCUUCCACGAAGAGGACGAAGAAGUCUUCGCCGAUCAAGACGACUUAGCCGACUACGUCAAGUAUAUGAUGGAGGAGGGUUUUGGCAACGCCGAGCUGUCGACGCGCCAGGCUGCAUCCAACACGAUUUUGGCGCUUUUGGGUAACAAGAAGAAGUUCCACGACCCCGCUCCGCUGCUACAGGCGCUGCUCGGCGUUCUAACGACCGGCUUCGAGUCUGCUGACGUCACGACAGCGACCGGCAGCGCGCGCCUGUUUGGCUACCUGCAUCUCCUCUCCAUCCUGCGCAAGUUUCUCAAGGAGGUGCCAGCGAUUUGGCAGGGGCAGAUGACGCAGGUACUCGUACGCUACGUCGCCCCGUGCCUGCAGCCUUCGAUUCCGUCUGUUGGCGUUCGCUGCAAGGCCAUCGUGGUAUGUCAGCGCUACAGCAAGGUAGUCAUGCCAUCCGAGACGGACUUCGCCUCUUUUAUGCAGAUGAUGUGCGGCCUGAUUCAAGAUACCGACAUGCGAGUGCGGUUGACGGGCAUUGAUGCCAUGUGCACGUUGCUGGAGAUGAAGCGCGCGCGGCCGUACCUGACGCCGAUCCUCGUCCCCCUCGUUGAGGAGUGUCUCGUGUUUCUCAGCAAGGUGCAGACCACAUUUGUGCCGCUGGUAAUCCUGCACCUCGCGACGCACUUUGCUCCGGAGCUGACGCCGGUAAUGAGUAAGCUGGCCCAUACCCUCGUCCAGCAUUUUUUGGCAACCAUGCAUGACAUGGAGCAGCAGGAAAUAGACGGUGGCGUCGCUCUGGGCGACGACGCGGUGGAUAUGAGCAUGUACGAGCAGGCCGCCUUCAGCGCGGAUGCGCUGCUGGACGCGGUUCUCACCGUUGUCACUAGCUGUGGAGAGAACGAGGCAACGUUCGCGAGCGUGCGUGUGGACGCGCUGCGUCUUGUCAGGCAUGUACUGCAGCAACCAGACAACUUCGAUAUGAUGGAGAAGACGCUUUCGGUCUUGCUGCACGUGCUCUACUUCUCCAAGCCAAUCCCACCGGAGUGCUGGGAGCUGUUGCCUCUCGUCUAUGCGCUGGUAGACUCCGGCGUCGGUGUCGACUUCUUCAACUCGAUUGAGGAGGUACUGGACAACUUCGUCUCUGGUGCCCCUGUCGAGUUUCUUGGCGACACUGCUUUGAUGAGCGCCACCUACAAAACAUGCGAAAAGAUGCUGGUUGGGGGCGUGGUGUGUGUGGCGGAGUGCCAGAUGGCACCGGCGCAGCUCAUUGAAGCUAUGCUUCACACAGCCAAGGCAAACACAGAGCACCCCCGGUUGUUUGAUCCGUACCUUCCGCAGUUUGUGGGACUGCUGCUACAGUCCUUGCUCCACCCCGACAUCCAGGGAGGUGAUGUGCGCGUGCGCAUCUGGGUCAUCGCAGCGCUGAUGGACUUCUUCUACUACGACGCUGCAGCCACCUUCGAGGUCAUUGUGCAGGUCAACGCCUACCCCAGCUUUUUCGAUGGCCUCCUGUUCUUCUUCCGCGGCUGCAUCAACGAUGGCACUGCCGCCUCAGCAGCGGCUGGGGCUGGCAAGGCCGGGAGGCGCAAACAGAAGGUGAAGAAGGAGGACGCAGCGGAGGUGGUCGAGAAUCUGUCGCUGCUGACGCGUAAGGUUGCUAUUCUUGGUCUGUCCUCGCUGCUUGUGUACGCCACCGACCCGCAUCUCGCUACCCCGCCGCCGCCGCAGCGGUCAGACUUCGCUUCUCGUUAUCUGGAUCCACUAACGCGCGUUGUUCAGUACUGCAUUUUCACUAACGAAGAAACCUACGCACCCCGCUGCACGUUGUCGGAGGCGAAUCUAGAGAAGAUUAAGCUCGGCGUCGAGGACGAUAUCGAGGACUACGAAGUAAACGACGAGGCGGUACUAGGCGUAGACGGUGGCGAUGACACUGUGGGGUCCUACGAGGACGCGUCGGAUGACAUGGACGCCGACCUGCCGGUAGCGCAGUCCGACCUCGAGCUGGACGAGGGCGACGACUAUGAAAGCCCCAUUGAUGACAUCAACGAGGUGGAUUUUUUCCUUAACUGGGUGCACAUGUUGCCGCAGCUGAGCCCAGCCGCUCAAGCCGCGGCGCAUGCCGUGCUCCGACCUGAGAGCGACUACCUGCGUGCUUCCCACACUGCGGGGCGCUAUCGGCAUCUGUGCAAAGAGCUGGAGGCAGCCCUGAAGAAAGACUUCCAGAUGCGUGCGGAGCUGACUGCUUAG